AUGACCCGGCACGUUACGGCGCAAUCACCCAAGCGCAACACAAAACAAAGCGCCAAGGCCUUGAGGACGAUUAAGGCCGUCUUUAUGAAGCUGGACAAAGAUGGCAGUGGAUCGCUGGACAAGUCGGAGCUCAAGGAGGUGGUCGAGAUGUACAGCGGCGAAGCGUUUGACGUCGAGCAGUUCUUUGAGUGGUACGACACGCAUGGCAAAGCAGACAGCACGGUUGACCUGACUGAGUUUGGUUGGUACCUCGCGGACGUAGCCUUGUCCUUUCCGGAUGCCAAGGCGGCCAUGCCGGCCGUUAUCCAGGAGAAGGGCGGCGUCGAGCCCUAA